GUGGGACAAGCUGACUUUCAAGCAGUCGGAUGCUGAAAGUAUUUAUCUGUUUUGUAGUUUAAUAAAGUUUAAAUGCAAUUAUUAUAUACCAUUUAUUAAAAGUGCAACUGUUUCGUAGACUUUCAAUUUGAAAAGAUCUGACUGAAUCUGAAUCGGUCUCGCGAGUUGACUGGCAGUUUUGUGUAGAUUGACCCCACGCGGUGACGUCAAGAGGUCGCUCCUGUAAAGGCUGUAAAAGAAAAUGACCAGUCAUACGUUUAUGUUUAGUGACAAGUCUUUAAAACCCCUCGAUGUGGAUUAUAAUGAAUAAUAGUUUGUUCUUGAUCAUUGCACAACUUCUUAUGGAAGCCGAGGUGUGCACUCGCGGUGUGUUGAGCGCGCGCCUGAGAGCUUGAGACGACCCUCUGAUGCAGUGGAACCCUUGAUCUCAGCAUCCUGGAAGUGGAAAUCACGGAAGAGACUGGUGCUUCAUCACAUACAGGAUUAGUGUGUAGCAGUGCCGGUUCUAAAGCAGGACAGUCUGGGGAAGAGGCGGUGCAGCAGUGCACCUGUCCGGCUGUGCUGGGUGGCACCUCCGUGGCUUCACAGAAUGUGGCUGGGCCACCCCAGCAUGCCCUGCAGCCAGUCACAGCUGCCACUCUACCACCAUCAUCGGUUGAUGUCGCCACUGGAUCGCAGCAGAAAGGAGACUCAAAGGCUGCAUGUAAAGAACAGACCAUCGCUUACGUUCAAAGAAACAGCGUCACCGAGGAAUCAGCGGAGAUAUCAGCUGCCCACAGAGGACUGGUGUCAGCUACUGCUGAAGACACACAAAACCUUACAGACACAUUGGAGGGUCAGACUCCCUCAGACAGACUUUUUGAGAGCGGGACAGAUAGCAUUACACCGAAACAGGAUUUGCUUUACGGGUGUAACACAGAGAAAACAAGUCUCACAUACAGGGAGAACAAUAUGGCGGAAGGAUCCAGCACAGGCCACUGCCAAGAUUGGAGCCAACACCCUGGAGAUGCAGGGGGUGUCUCUGCCCCGACUGAGACAAAAAAGGGACCUUUGCCUCCAGAGACAAUCAAAUUGGACUGUAAGAACAUGUCUGGAAAGCACACACCUGAAGAAAGCCCCUGUGUCCCAACAACAGAAGUCAUCCCAGCAGUCUCAAGUGCAGUUAAGACAACAGACAGAGACAUGGAGCAGCCCCAAACAACUCUCCUUUUUCAGACAAAUCAGACUGCCGCAUCAUCUGCGUUUGGCAUCCCACAGAAGCAAAGUACGACAAAUUCCGCAAAGCAGGAUUGUAAACUUGACUCUAAGGCAGCUAUGAAAGUUGUCACACAAGAUCUGGCUAAAACAGACAAAGAAGGAGCAGUUAGUCCAAUUAGACAAACCUUGGGAACAGAGCAAGGUAAUAGUGGAAAUUUCCUUUGCUCAGGAUAUACAUCAUCAAAACAAGGAGGGGAGCACAUUACCCCCAAUAGUGGAAAUAGCAUGUCAAAUGAUAAAGGCAGCUGUUAUCCACCAGAGGUCUGCAGUAAAACACAAAAGGCUUCACAAAGGACAAAAACACCUGGCAUGCCCACCCCACCUGAGAAUACACAGUGUGUGCAAGAGCUAAACUCUCAGUGUGUAAGUUUAAGUGGAACCCCCAAAAUCUUUCACUUGGGUGAAGAGACUAGUGCAAGGGAGGGGCAAGGAAAUGAGAAAGUCCCUGUAGAUGGAGAUCUGUGUUUAAAUGUGGCUGCUAAAAAAGUAUUUUGCAACAUUUCUGUUGAUGAACCAAAGCUGUCUGGGCAUGGGACAGGCACUGACAGUGCACAGGUCCCCAUUGUGAAUGAAAGGUCACAAGUCAUGCUUUGCGGCUCUUCUGAUGUGAUUUUGAAGCAGAAAGACAGUGGCAAUCGAAUAGAAAUAUCCAUGUCAUCAAAUCACCAACAGGAUGGAAGUGUGCUGCUCACACACACAGAGAACUGUUUGACUUUAGAUGGCCUAGAGUCAGAUCAGCCAAAUCUUUCUGACUGUUUGGUUGAGCAUGUACAAGAGUCCAUUCCAGCUGAUCAUAAAUUGUCACAGAUUCAGAUAUGCCUCAAUGAUACUUCAGAUAUCAUGAAUGUGGAAGAUAGGCAGAAAGUGAGUGCAGAGGCUCUCAAUGCUGUUGAGGUGAAAGAUUUGAUAGAUGUAGGUAUUCUAAUGCAGCCAGAAAUGGCGGAUACCUGGCUGGUUGUAAGCGAGAUAGAUGGGCAGUCUGGCCAUGCAGAGAUGGAGGUCGACGAAGCAUCUCUGGUGCAGUGCCCUGAAUCCCAGUCAACUGUUGCUGUAUAUGAAUGCACUGUGCCCUGCUUUACAUCAGCUGCCCUUCACAGUGAUGUUAAACUGCUGUUAACUGACAAAGAAGAGGAGAAACCAAUGGAAACAUUGAUGCAAGACUUGCAAGCCCAGAGUAAUCUAGGGAAUCAGACCUCAUCUCAUACUGAUGCACUCGAACCCACAGAAGAGUUACUUACCAUGGCCUCUACACAAAAAGAAGAAUCUAUAAUUGUCAAGCAAAAUGAUGAGUCCAGUCAGACUGAUCUUGCAAACACGUUGACAGGGUUAACAUGCACGGUGAUGGAUGUCACACUUGACUCUGUGCAAGAACAGCAAGAAUCUGUUGUGGUGGAAAACACACCAGGUGUGUCAUUAAUUUCAUUGUCUUGUGGCACGAUUGAUCCAAAGCUACUGAUCUUAAAGAAGGCUGACAGCCCUGCCCUUAAACAACCUUCUUCCCUGUCUGCUAGGAUCUCAACCAAGCAGGACUCACCUGUCCCGGCUGGAUCACCCAGUGAUGGAUUAAAUAAAGCUGCAGAGUGCCUUGCUAAAACUUAUACGGCUGCAUCCUCCACCAUAAAGAAGGAUGCUAUGUUAGCUGCUGACUCCCCUGUUUCAAACACUCUCUCUCAGUCCUCUCGGACUGUUUCCACUUCAAAUGUACUUUCAGAGAAGAGCUCUGAGAAAGAAAACUUAAAUAAAUUAAAUAGUUCUGGCAAGUUGCUUCAAAACGAAUCCUCUGCUAACACUUCUUUAUCAACUUCAGUACAACUCCAUAGCUCACAAAGCCACCAUCCUCCUCCUGCUAGAGAAGUGUGGGGUACUGUAUCCAAUGUUGUCCCGGAGAGGAAUCGGUGUAAACAGUCUUUGGCUGGUACACCAUGCCAGGAUUCAAUGUCUUUGGUGGGAGAACUGGAGUUGGAGCAGCAACAGUUACCGGGCAAACUUUUGUCAACAACGCAAGAUGCUCAGAACACCAUCCUGGAGCCACUUGACGCUUCUAUAGAAGAGAGCAGCGAUGGAGAGGUUGACAGCUCUAUGGAGGUCCAAAAUGAGGAUAGCAAUGCUACGCCCAGUCCAGCAGUGAACAAGUGUGGGCAGAGCAGGACAGACAGACAAGGCUUGUUAUUGAAGGUUUGCCAGUGGAUUGCAGGCAAGGUUACAGCAGUCUCUACCUCUUCCGCCUCCCCAGUUCCAUCUCCAUCUCCCUCAUCUGGUGACUGGAUGCGUUCUCACACAGGAAGGUCCUCUCCAGUACGCAACUCUCCUGGCAGAAACAUGCCCUCCACUUCCUCCCAGGGUUAUGGUGGCUGUUCUCAGUCAGAGCAAACGACCACCCCGAAAUCCAUGCCAAAGCAUACAGAUAUGGCAGAACUGGCAAAACAUGAAGCAGAAAUAGAACAUCGUACCCUUGCACUAAAACGUGAAGGUUUCUGGUCCCUGAAACGUCUGUCUCGUAUAACCGAACCAGUACGGCCUAAAGUGCAUUGGGAUUACCUCUGUGAGGAAAUGCAGUGGCUCUCUGCAGAUUUUGCACAAGAGAGGCGAUGGAAAAGAGGAGUGGCCCGAAAGGUAGUACGGAUGGUGAUGCGCCACCAUGAGGAGCUGAGACAGAAGGAAGAAAGAGCAAAACGAGAGGAGCAGGCCAAACUAAGAAGAGUUGCUUCUUCUAUUGCCAAGGAGGUCCGUGCCUUCUGGAGCAGCGUUGAGAAGGUUGUCCAGUAUAAACAACAGUCCAGACUGGAAGAGAAGCGGAAGAAGGCUCUAGAUCUGCAGCUGGAUUUCAUCGUGGGUCAAACAGAGCGUUACUCGGACAUGUUGAGUCAGUCCCUGCACGCUGCUCCUGUACACAGCUCAGACACUGCAGCUGUCUCCAAACAAUCACAGCUAAAUGCUGUUGAUGAAGAUGAUAGAGACUUUGAACCACCUUGUGAGGAGGAGGAUGAUGAAGAGACCAUAGAAGUAGAGGAGCAACAAGAGGGGAAUGAUGCAGAGACACAGAGACGAGAGAUAGAGUUACUAAGGGAGGAGGGCACUCUGCCUCUGGACCAGCUGCUCAGUACUUUAACUCUCCCCCAGGAUGUGGAAUCAGAAGAAGUAGCUUCAGAUACUACAUCUUCUACGGUUGAAGAGGAAGACAAAGAAUUUAGUGCCAAUGAAGAAGAUGCGGAAGAUGAAGAAGACACAAUUGAAGCCCAAGAAGUUAUUGAAGGAAAUGGAGACCAUGCAGAGGAACUUGAUGACCUUGCUAGAGAGGGAGAAAUGAGCAUGGAAGAACUCUUAGAAAAGUACAGAGGAGCAUAUGCCUCUGAUUUUGAGGAGCCAUCAGCCUCAGCGUCACCGGACUCCUCGGAAGAAUCAGAGGGAACCGAGGAUGAGGCAGAGGAAGAGACGGAGGGAGAGGACAGUGCUGAUGAUAGUGGCUCCUCCUCAGAUUCCCAAGCGGCUGAAGAAAGUGAUGAAAAAGAGGAGGAUGAGGAUGUGCAGGAGAGUGAUGAGGAGGAUGACAAUGAUAGAGGAGAGGGAAUGGAAGUUCUGCUGAGAGAGGGAGACCAUAGUCCUACUGUACCAACAUCUCCCCGGCCUAAGAAAGAAAUCAGCCACAUUGCUGCUACUGCGGAGAGCCUUCAACCUAAGGGAUAUACACUGGCAACAACAAAGGUUAAAACCCCAAUUCCAUUCCUGCUUCAUGGUACGUUGCGUGAGUACCAGCACAUUGGACUGGACUGGUUGGUCACCAUGAAUGAGAAGAAACUCAAUGGCAUACUUGCAGAUGAAAUGGGGCUUGGCAAAACGAUCCAGACCAUUGCUUUGUUAGCUCAUCUAGCAUGUGUAAAGGGUAACUGGGGUCCACAUCUGAUCAUUGUGCCCACCAGUGUAAUGCUUAACUGGGAGAUGGAGUUGAAACGUUGGUGCCCAGGAUUCAAAAUCCUCACCUACUAUGGUAGCCAGAAGGAGCGCAAGCUCAAGAGACAGGGCUGGACCAAACCCAAUGCUUUCCAUGUCUGCAUCACCUCGUAUAAGCUAGUACUGCAAGAUCAUCAGGCUUUUAGACGGAAGUCUUGGAGGUACCUCAUUUUGGAUGAAGCCCAGAACAUCAAGAACUUUAAGUCCCAGCGCUGGCAAAGUCUGCUCAAUUUCAACAGCCAGAGGCGACUGUUGCUCACUGGUACCCCUCUCCAAAACAGUCUAAUGGAGCUGUGGUCUCUUAUGCACUUCCUCAUGCCGCACGUUUUUCAGUCCCAUCGUGAGUUCAAGGAGUGGUUCUCAAACCCUCUGACUGGGAUGAUUGAAGGGAGCCAGGAGUACAACGAGGGCUUGGUCAAACGGCUUCACAAGGUGCUAAGACCCUUUUUGCUUCGAAGAAUCAAAGUAGAUGUGGAGAAACAAAUGCCAAAAAAGUAUGAGCAUGUUGUGCGCUGUCGACUCUCCAAAAGACAGCGUUUUCUCUAUGAUGACUUCAUGGCCCAGGCCUCGACUCGAGAGACUUUAGCCAGCGGUCAUUUCAUGUCUGUGAUCAACAUCCUGAUGCAGCUGCGGAAAGUGUGUAAUCACCCCAACCUGUUUGAUCCAAGACCCAUACAAUCUCCCUUCAUUACAAAGACCAUCGUCUAUUCUACUGCUUCACUGGUUCAGAGGGCUCUUGAGACCUCACCUUUUGAGCGCUGUGACUUGUCCUUGUUUGACCUGAUUGGCCUGGAGCGGCGUGUGUCUAGAUACCAGGCAGAUGUUUUCCUGCCUCAGAGGAAAGUGACCCGUCAGCUUAUUCAGGAGAUCAUGGAGUCCCCUGAUCCUCCUCCCAGACCAAAGCCUGUUCGCAUGAAAGUCAACAGGAUACUUCAGCCUCUUCCUAAAUCUGAUGGACGUUCAUCAGCGAGCAGCCCUCGCCCUGAAUGUUCUAGCACCACGACGGCUCAGACUCCAAAGCCUCUAAUUACAGAAGUCACCCCUUCCCAAGCUCCCUCUCAGCCAGCACCUCAAGUUUGUCCUGUUACUCCUGUCGCUGCUCCAAAAGCUCCAGUGGCUCCUAGCAGCAUCCCUUCUGCACCUGUAGUCAGGCCGCUGGCCCCCCAGCCAGUGACUGUACGCCCGUCAGGACCGUCCAGCAUCACAGCUGUGUCCACUCCCCCUCAACCACCAAGCAACAUUAUGACUCAGAGGGUCCUUCUCAGCCCAGAUAUGCAGGCUCGUUUACCAUCCGGUGAAGUUGUGAGUAUCGCUCAGCUGGCCUCCCUGGCUGGCCGACCAGUAUCGUCUUCUCAGGGCAGUAAACCAGUCACCUUCCAGCUACAGGGCAACAAGCUCACACUCUCUGGGACUCCUCUGCACCAGGUCCCUGUUCCUCAGCCACGACCCAUCCAAGGAAAUGUAAUGCAUCUGGUUUCCAGUAGUGGGCAGCACCACCUUAUUAGUCAGCCAGCUCAGGUUGCAGUUCUUCACACAGUUAGUCAGUCAGUUAGCAGCUCAGCAAAUCCCCACCCAACCAGCAUAAUCCCAACCUGCUCUGGACUAGCGGUACCUUUCACCGCUACUCAAGUCCCAACAUCCAUGGUAAGUGGACCCGGAAUUGUAAAGAUUGUUGUACGCCAGGCACCAAGUAAAGAAGGAGGGUCAAUCCCGACUCUGGCUGUGCCUCCUUCUCCUCGCCCUGCGCCUCCUCAGUUGGUCACCCUUCACCCACAUGGCACUCCAAGCCCUGUUCUGAGAGCACCCACUGCUUCACAGCCUCCACAACGACCUCCGGUUUAUGCUGCUCCACCUCGUCUUGCUUCCUCCCAGACUCCACCUACUCGUCCUGUAUUGAGAGUAGUGCAGGGACCACUACCACCAGCCCCAGAACCACCAGUAACAAAGGAAAAUUCAUUGUCAGUGCGUGAGGAGAGUGGUAAUGAUGUGAUUACAUUGCGCAUGAGCACUCCUAAGCCUGCAUCCUCAUCUCAGAGCAGUGGGUCAACAUCUCUGCGUCCCCGUGUUCAACCACCACCUCCACCACGUUCCCCCUUCUACAUGUCAUGGCUUGCAGACAGCCGAAAGGCUCAGCGAGACAACCGGAUCACUCAAAUCAUGCGUAUCAACGAUCUGCACUGCAGUGCUAACCCUGUGUAUGGCCACGAAGUGCUGGACUUUCUAACCUUCCUCCCAGGCCCUUGUCCAUCUCCGCCACAUCCUGUUAUAAACAACUGGAGUAACUCAGGUUAUAGCUCCUGCCUCACUGCUCAAUCACACCAUACCAGUAGCUUCUUGGAAAAGAGCCAAGUCCUGAAGGAAGCCAUCCACCACUCAGAGGAGAGGCUUCAACUUCUCUCUCAGAUCAUAGACAGGUUCACUUUUGUCAUUCCUCCAGUGGAAGCAAAGCCUAUCACUAUGCACACUUGCCACCCACCUCCUUCCCUCGGACACCAGCAAGGCCAUAUCUCCUCUGUUCUGUCUUCCCAUCUCUCCCCACUUACACUAACGCUCCAUCGCAUCCAGUGUAACAUGAGGACACACUUCCCUGACUUGAGGCUUAUUCAGUAUGAUUGCGGUAAGCUGCAGACACUCCACCUCCUGCUUAGAAAAUUGAAGGCAGGAGGGCACAGAGUCCUCAUUUUCACUCAGAUGACACGUAUGCUGGAUAUUCUUGAGCAGUUCCUCAACUACCAUGGGCACAUUUACCUGCGGUUGGAUGGAAGUACACGUGUAGAACAGAGACAGGCUCUGAUGGAGCGCUUCAAUGCAGACCGUCGUAUAUUCUGCUUCAUCCUGUCCACCCGCAGUGGAGGUGUAGGUGUUAAUCUGACUGGGGCAGAUACAGUAGUGUUCUAUGACAGUGAUUGGAAUCCAACCAUGGAUGCCCAAGCUCAGGACCGGUGCCACAGAAUUGGACAGACAAGAGAUGUUCACAUCUAUAGGCUAAUCAGUGAACGCACAGUUGAAGAAAAUAUUUUGAAAAAAGCUAAUCAAAAGAGGAUGUUGGGAGAUAUGGCAAUUGAAGGAGGAAACUUUACCACUGCCUUUUUCAAGCAGCAUACUAUCAGGGAGUUGUUUGAUGUGACAGAGGGAGAGAGGAAAGAGGCCGAAUCGAGUGCGUCACAGUCAGAUGAUGAUGAGUCCAUAAAUAAACAACAAACCACUAUUUUGGAACAGGCCCUGUGUCGAGCUGAGGAUGAAGAGGAUAUAGUGGCUGCAUCUCAAGCCAAGGCUGAGCAGGUGGCUGAGCUUGCAGAGUUUAAUGAAAACAUCCCUCUGGAUGAUGGUGACAGCAGAGACCAGGAAGAGGAGGAGCUCUCCAGGGCUGAGCAAGAAAUCGCUGCCCUAGUUGAACAGCUCACUCCCAUAGAGCGAUACGCUAUGAAUUUCCUUGAGGCUUCCCUUGAAGAUAUUUGCAAAGAGGAGCUGAAGCAGGCAGAGGAGCAGGUUGAGGCUGCAAGGAAAGGGUUGGAUCAGGCAAAGGGAGAAGGUUUGAAACUGCAUCAGUCAUCUGACAGUGAUGAAGAUGAUUCCGUACCUCAUAGUACUGAGGAAACUACUUCAUCUCGUCGCCCUCGCAAACACAAAGAGAAAGGGGCUCCUUCUACAAGGGUUAGUGGCAGACUCAGAGGGACACCUGCUGACGAUAUAUCCCUAACCCAGCCAUCCCCAGAGAGAGGCAGGCGGGGGGCAUGGAUGAACUCUGAAGGCAGUGUGAGCCAAACCCUUGAGUUAACACAAAAGUCGCCCCUACAAAGAGAAGUGCCUGAGAAGCUUUGCAGUGGUCAGAAAGGGCGAGGGACAACCAAAGAAUCUGUGUCCCUUAUAUCAUCAGAAAACCAGACCGUUCAAUCCAACCAGCAGCUCUCAGAUUCAACAGCUUUAUCCCCUACUAUGCGAGGUUCAGACCCAAAAAUUACAUAUGUGCCAUCCCCCCACCAGCAGCCCAUCUCCCCAUCAAGCUUUGUGCCUUCAGCUGCUGCAUCUCCUGCAAUGGACAAAAACUUUAGUGGCCAUCAGUCCUCCUCUACUGCAUGCAGAGAGGACAUUGAAGAGCAGGGGGGAGAGGCACUGUCUGAAAGUGUACAGUGUUGCAGGAGAGACAGGAGAACCUCUGUGUCAUCAGACUCCAUCUGUUCUCCUGAACAUCACUCUGAACAGGAUGGUCAGCUCCCUCUUUCUCCUACUCUGGCAUCACCUAACUCCCGCUCACCACGAAAGCGGCAGUCAGCUGAAAGGGAAAUCCUCAAGGGACUUCCAGAAGAUUCUCCAUCAGCCAAGGUCCUUCGAAAGCUUCCAGGUCGUCUGGUCACAGUGGUGGAAGAGAAAGAGCCCAAGCGGAGACGGAGGGGCUUGAGUGGAAGUGGAGGAACACAUACUGAGGGGUCAUCAGAGGAAACUGAACACGCUGAGCCAGUUCCAGACCCAGCCUCUCAAUCAUCUGAUGGAGGAAGUCAAAUUCAUAAAGACUCUUCUCCCAAAUCAGUGCCCCCAUCCUUAGCUUCUUCACCACCACCACAAGAGCAGGAUAACGUCUCAUCUCCAUUACAGAUUAGUUCAGGGAGAGGGCACCACCCUUGUUCCCCAACACACCAUUCACCAGAUAUGCCUGUCCUGCGGAACUUACCAGUACGCCAAAGGCUUGAGACUGAGUCUCGAAUGGCUGCACAGUUAGGAGAGCAAUUUGUAGGACGAGGUAGAGGGGUGGAUAGAAGAUCUGCUUUAUCACCAAAGAAAUCAAAAACUAAUUCAGACAAGGAUAGUGCUGCUCUGAGUGACUCUAUGGCGAAGAAGCGCAAGAGGGGCAGGCCACCUAAAACACCCCCACGGGCACUAGAGUUGCCAGAAGAGAAGACACCGGUAACCCAGAAAACAAGUCCUGAGCGGAGUCCCUCUCACUCACCAAAACGGAAAAGGGGUCGCCCCCGUAAAGAUUCCACCACAACUACAAGCUCAUCCCCAUCUUCUCCUUCUACAUGUGCUCCUUCCUUCCAAGAGCCUAAUUUGUCAGGGUCUAAUGUUAUGCCUGUGACUUUGCCUGCUAUCAAUAAUAGUUCACCAAUAAGCUCUCCACUUAACCCCACUUCACCCUCAAAUGCUGCUGAAGUAUCAUCUCCUAAACUAGAUUCUGAAUCAAAUCAAAAAACUAAAUAUGUUUUACUGCCUUCUAUACAUAGAGAUUUUCAAAAUAUGUCAUCAUCUACAUCAGAACUUGGUGUAGACUCAUAUGGUGAAACUCACACCAAUCUGAAGCCCAUGACUGCAUGCAAUGACUCUGACACAAAUACAUUUGAAACUUCACCACACAACACUUCAACAGCAACAAUAUCUCAGACAUGUACAGCUUCUUCUUCUACACUACAUCCUCUAAGUCCUCUCAGAAAGCCUCCCACUUGUACUGUCUCCAUUCACGAAGAGGAACUUGCCCAUUCACCUGUACUUUCUGAGACCAGUGAAAUCGCAGCAUCUUCAGAGCUUUCAAAUGUCUCAGCAAUUGCUAUAGUAACCAAGGAAGAUUCAGUUAAUCAGCAAAAAGAUAAUUUGCAGUCCUCAAAUACAUUGACUCAAGUCACUUCACAGCCCUUACACAGAACCAGUACAACUGAAGAGUCUCCACAAAACUCUGUUGAACACUUGUGCAAUAUAGCUGCAUCUCUUACUCCCACUCAUCAGUCAUCCUCCCAGCCUCAAACUACAGACAUUGAAGCAGCAACAGAUUCAGCCAUUGAAUCUCACAAAAUGUCUUCAACGUCUUCACAAUUUCCAUCCACCACUAAUCAGAUAAGAACUGAUUCUUUGUCCAUAUCCAAAUAUACUGAUGCAGAUUCUUCUCAGUCCAAUAACAUGCCAGUGGAGACCAUGGCUGAUAAUCAUGAAGGCCAACAUUCACCUAAGGAGGAGGUUUUAAAUGAGAGUGAGGUUGCGACUAGGGAGACCAAGAAAAUGGAAAUAGACAGUGUUGCUGAGGAUGAUGCAGGAGAAAAAGACGGCAUCUUAUCUCAGUCAAAAAGAAGGAAAUUGGUUAGUUUGCCAAAGGAACAGACAUCCAGUGCCGCAGGAGUUGCCUCAUCAAAUUUAGAUAUCGAGUCCCAUGAUGACCCUAAGAUUGAUGGACCUGAUAAGCCAUCAGUAGAGGAGUCAAGAGAGGAUAAAGAGACCAGAACUUCUGCCAAAAAACGAAGCAUCAGUAGGCAAAGCAGCCAGGAGUCAGUCCGUUCCUCUUCUCCAUCUUCUGUAUCCUCUUGUGAAACAAGAUCAUCCGAGUCCAAAAAGACUGGAGAGAGUAGGAGGCCUGCUAAAAGGAAACGGGAAGAUAUAAAGUCUGAAAAAGAAAAAAGUGAAGAGCCUGACAAAAAGCACCAGUCCAACUCUUCCUCCUCAUCGUCAGACUCUGAGGGCUUUAAUAGCAAAAAAAAAUGUUUGACAAGAUCAGCUCAAAAGAAGUUGGAGAAAGAUGGCAUGAUUGCUGAAAAUGAAGAGAGCAGUCAAAGACAACAGGGGAGGUUAGACAAGAAGGGAAAAACCACCAAUACCACUGAAGGGGAGUCUAGUGGUGAAACAGGUUCAAGAGUAACCCGGAAAUCUGUAGGCCCACAACCCAAUACUUUAGCCUCCUCUGAACCUGAGGUACUAGGCAAACGCUGUUCAGCCCUUAAUGCUGCCGCCAAGCUCUUGGCAAUGAGGGGAAGAGGGCCAGACACACCCAGCUCCAGAAGCAAGACUGCUGCACAGCAAAGCAAAUCACUGUCCUCUGAAAAAAGCAGUAAACCAAAGGGGAAAACAGGACAGGACUCUCCCAAGAUGUCUAACAGUAAAGCAGGGAGUGGCAGGCAAACCCCCAAUCAGACAAAUGAAUCACCACAGUCCUCUUCUUCUGCUCGAUCCACUCGGCAGCGACCAGGCAGCCUGGUUCCCCCCUUGGAAACAGAAAGAGUUAAAAAAGAAGAAAAGAAAAAAGCAUCUGAUCAGAAAGAAGGUGAAGAUGAAAAUAGAGAGACUAGGUCUUCAGGAGGCCAAAGUGCCUGCAGUAGUAUAAGCAGUGAAAGAGGAGCAGGCAGCAGUAGAAGUCGGAGUAGCAGCAACAGCAGCCAGCGCACCCACAGUUUAAGCUCGCAGAGUACAGAGCCCACCCGCUCUCGUUCCAGGGCAGCAUCCUCUGGAAGUGAUACAGAGAGAGGCAGAAGGAUUCGGCAUAAGAGUGAUGGAGGCAGAGACAGAGGCAGGGAGAGCAGGAAAGAGAAGACGUCCCAGAAGCAGGACAAACCUGAAUUGAGUGCUGGAUCCAGCGACGGGAACCCAGACAGGGUUCUCAGGAGUGUAGCUGCAUUGGCAGCUGCUCAGGCACGUUCUCCAGCUAGCAACACGCGUUCUUCAUCCACCCAAAACCGGCACUCCAAGACGUGAUGGGUCCAGAGAAAUCAGCUUUAGGUUUAAACAAAAAGUUAGACAUGAACUUCAGCGAGACACGAAUGCAGAGAUUUGUUUUGGAGGACAGUGGCUCAAUUUCAUUUAAAGGCCAUGGUUUAGCUGUUUGAGACAAGACGGGGAAAAAGAGAUCUGUUGCACAUUGUGAUUAGAUCUGACCUCGCCUUUACCCUCUCAGCUAUCUUAAGUCAAGCCAUUUAUAAUGUGGAAAGGUUAUAUAGAUGCAGGACAGUGAUGAAGAUUUGGUCACCUAUUUAAAAAUAUGUCCUAAUAAUUUGAGUUAAAACCUGGAUAAUAUAUUGCCCUACCACAAAGACUUUGGAGCUUCAAAAUAGUUGGGCAAGAAGCAAGAUUUAUUAUUUGUUCACACUGUGUACUGUAAUCAAAGACUGAAAGACUGGAAGUACUAUGUGUUAAAAGAUUGGUCGCAUAGAUUGUACACUUUUUACAGAGUUUACGAGUUCUGCAAACAGUAUUGAUGAGGAAGAAAUUCAUUAAUGCUAUAUUGAAAUUAUUUAGUGGGGAUUGUACAAUUGUAAAGUUUUUAGACCGUUGCGUUCUGGAUUAUAUUUGUCAGCUGUUUUGACCAUUGUGUGUUUCAAGUCAGUUGAUAAAUUACGAAUAUAUCUUCUAUAUCUUCCAGGGUAUGAAGAAGAGGGCAGAACUAAAAAAAAAUUACAUUUAUUUUUCUUUUUUCCUUUUCUCUCUCUGCUGGAGUUAACAAUUACUUAGAUCCCCUGUCCUGUGUGAUGUUUCAGUCCAUUACUUUUAAAUUCUGCUGUUGCCUGCUUCUCUCCAUUUGCACAUCUGAAAUGUCCCAGACAUUGGAGGAUUGCAUUGUUGUUUAGGAUUAUUUUUUUUUUCAGAACAUCAACUUGUCCGUACAUCUUUACUGGUACCUCACUGCAUUUUGUAAGCUCUAAAGUAAAUGUAUUUCUUGAGCUU